UCACCUGGCAAAUACCCGUAUGUACGGCCAUUUAAAUAAGCAACAAAGCGUAGCGACCAACAUGGACUAGUCACGUGACACGAAGCAGCCGUUUAAACGAUAAGGUGGGCACGGCUAGCUAGAAAGCCUAGAUCCUGCAUACAUGGCGCGUAUCUCACCUGUGAGUAAUAUGUGUAACGUUCCAAAGGUGCAUUCGUCAUACGCAUAAGAGUCGCUCAGCAAGCGGUGUCGUCUAGGCGGGCACCCGAGCGAGAGAGUUGAUAACGAUCGUUUUACGCUGAAAUCGUUUAAAUAUAAAGACGGAAAACGUUAUGGCUUUACUUAUACGUACCAAAUGUACGCGGCUAGUUUUUAUAAUAAUUUGUGUAGUGUGCAUGCCCAAAGUUGGGGCGCAGACAAACGUUUACACUGUGCCGCCUGCACAGUCCACCACAUGGACAGUGGAUGGAAGUCCGUAUAUUGUUCAGAACGACCUGGAGAUUGAUGAAGAGAGCACACUUACAGUGCAGGCCGAUGUACAAGUGUUGUUCCGUAAUUCUACAGGACUCACGGUAAAAGGAGUUCUUCUGACAGAGGGAACGAAAGAUGCUAGAGUACAGUUCAGCAAAAGCGAAACGCUUACGGUCAAUCCGGUGCCACCGAGGCAAAUCCGGCUGGUGGAUGGAGAGACAGUCGCCCGAGGCCGCCUACAGCUUUACCACAAUGGAAAAUGGAGAUCCGUCUGCACGCGAUCACACGUAUGGAUGGAGGAUGAUGCCACAGUGGCCUGCAAGCAGCUGGGAUUUAAAGAGGGUCAGUUCUACCGCUGGUUUCCGCAGCGAAACAGCACACGACAGCUGCAGUACAUCAACCCCAACUGCACCGGCGACGAGAAGAACCUCGUGGAUUGCUCACUGUGGGAUGAGAUGACCUUUGGCUACGAGGUUUGCGACCUGCAUGAUAAUAUCGGCAUAGAAUGCUGGGGAUUUCCUAGCGAUAUCCAGGAUACAUACUGGCGAGGUAUCAUCUUCACUAAUGCGGUAUUCCAUGAGUUACUGUACGAUGAUGACACUUUAUUCAGGUACAACGAGAGCUUAUCGUUGUUGAUGUACACUGAUAUUCUCUAUGCUGGAGUUGGUCCCUCGGGUAAUGGGACAGCUGCAGUUCAAGUCAGUGGCUACCCACCAAUUUUGGAGAAUGUGACGGUGCAAUAUUCUGCAUUUAAUGGCUUAAACUAUAGCCUGGUCGAUGGACGCGCUCUUGUGAAAGAUUGUCACAUAUUAAAUAACAGAGGAGAUGGAAUCGCUAUCAAUAGCACGUUCGGUAACUUCUCCAUAGAGGGAUCGACCCUCGAACUAAACCAGGGCGAUGGCGUGAGAUACGCGCGGGCAAACACCAGCCCGCGUCUUCUGAACACAUUUUGCAAUCGCAUCAGUCUAGGCGAUAACGAGAAGUAUCCACUGAAGUUGCUCGGGGAGCGACUAAACUCUACAGGUGUUCAGUGCGAUGACGUGGUAUUUAGUGCAAGGAGUGGCGUGCUCACUAUUACUAUUCUCAACCUGUGGGCUAACUCGACUGACAACGGUGAGCUGAUCAUCCGGGACGGUGCGACGAUUAAAGCCCGCCUCCUGGCGAUCAUUCCCAUCGUUAACAACACGAUGCCGCAGACAGUGACGACGACGCAGAGGGAAGUGUGGAUGGCGUUCACAAACAAAAACCUAAACAUCUCCCGGUUCACGCUUGAGAUCACCAAGGGACGAUCGUUCGACGUCCAGCUUAUCAGUACGAGAGUGCAGAACAACACGGGUCGGGGCGUCAGCGUCAACAACAUGCGCUCCGUCGUCAACAUCUACGAGAGCGAACUGCUGUCGAACAACUACGUCGCUGGCCUUCACGUCGAGGACGGCACGGGCGACGUGUUCGUCAAUCGCAGCCGGAUCGACCACAACAUCGGCGCCGGCAUCAACAUCACCUACGCCGGCGGCAGUCGCAACAUCACCAACUGCUCGUUCGACGGCAACACCGAGCACGCGGUGACCGUCUGGUUCAACCUGACGUCGAUGCACGUGCCGCUGUGGCAGCGCAUGGACGUGAUGUACAACAGGUUCGUCCUGCAUCCGGGUGUGACUUUCCUGCACGGCAACUUCUGCCAGCCGCACUUCCUCAACAUCAGCCAUAACGUCUUUCAGGAUAACUUCGGCGACAUCGUGGAGGUGACAUCGUGCACGAACCGAAGUUCGGGCAACCUGACGCUGUGGAUGGCCAACAAUGAUUUCCUGAAGAAUAACGGCCACGCGAUCAAGAUCACGCCGGCGGUUAACAUUCACGCGGCGAUAGGAAAUAACUCGUUUGAGCAGCAAGUGCGUGGCACGGUGUUAAUCAGGAACAGCUACGAGAACUACUGGGGAGAGUAUCCUGACUACAGUCACUUGCCGGCUUUCGUUGACCUGUCUCACAAUGACUUUUAUAAGAAUAAAGGAAGGUACGUUGUGAACAUUGGAUUGUCUCAAGGCAGUAACUACCAGAUGUUCUACUUUAUAAAAAACAUUCUGGAAGCAAACGAGGUCAAGGAGCCAUUUCCUUAUCUAACGGCUCGUAACAGAGCUGCCGCUGUUGUAGCGAUAACGUCAGGAAACGUUCACGCACAGAGAAACUUCUUCGAAAAUCCUCCUUCAAAGUUCGAGAUGGCUUCACACCUGGACCACCACAUCACAAAAAUCACUGCUUCGCUCAAUUGGUGGGGUACAAGUGAUGUCACGCAAAUCCGCAUACGCCUAUUCGACAACGACGACAGAUACAACCUUGCUCUGUGUAAUUUCUUCCCCUACCUAAAGGAUUCUAAUUUAGAUGGCGACGGUAUUGACUUGUAUCCAGAUUCUCGACCACCCUUCCAGGAAGAUAAUAAAUUGGGUGGGCUGCUAACUGGAUAUCUGAAGUUGAGGGCAGACGAGGGCCCCUACAUUGUCGUCGAUGACAUUAACAUAGAACCAAAUGGUAAACUGAUUCUGGAGAAAGGUACCGAGAUGAAGUUCACACAUGCUAUUGGAGCCAUGGUACAGGGGGAGAUUCAGGCAACAGGAACCACAAGCAACCCCGUCAGGAUGACCUUGGAUACAAGAGAACUUUCAAACAGCACAUCCGUUAGGCUGACCGAUGGAGGUACUCAAGGCCGCCUGGAGGUCAGCGUCAAUGGAGUCUGGGGUACUGUUUGCAGGAAUGGCUGGACAAUAGAGAACGCUGCUGUCGUUUGUCAUCAGCUCGGUCUGGCUCUUGAUAUUGAGAACUGGCUGCAUCCAGCGGUCCCUGGAACAUUGUCAAUCAUAAUGUCGGACGUCAUGUGCGGUGAAUUAUCAACGGAUCUUAGCCAGUGCCCAGCGGAGGUUGGUGAAGAUCAGAAUUCAUGUGAUCACACAAUGGAUGUAGCCCUUCGCUGCAAGCAGGCAACAUGGGCUGGUCUGCGUUUUUCUCUAAAUGCAAAGAGCAGUCUCCUCUCUAAUACCGUAGUUGAACGAGCAGGAUUGUUCGACUACAUGACCCACAAAUACAAAGCCGCAAUACAGAUUGACAUGAACCAACAUUCAAUGGAUAAUCUCAUUAUCCAGAACAAUGACCAGAACGGAAUUACCAUAUUAUAUAACAACGGCUUCAAAAAUCCUCGCAUUGAGAACUCGCUGAUUUCUGGCAACGAGAAGAACGGCCUUGAGAUCCACUCGCAGUUCCUACGCAUACAGGACACCGAUGUGGUUGGCCAUCGUAGAGGUGCUGGUAUCCAGUACAAUCCGAUGCUGACAGAGAACGAGGCGAACGACUUCAUCAGCUGGCUGAAUGCUGAGAUUAAGUAUUUGCCAGACGACGCGAUGUCAACUACAACGUUGAAGCUUCCCGAUACGAACGAGUGGUACUUUAAGACACGACCAUACGACAAGAGCUGCGGCAGUGGGAAGUACCACACGAUCAAAGUGGAGACCCAUGCAGAGUACUUGAUAGGCGUUCAACUGCUGCACAGAGGCAACAAUGAAACGAAUGAGAUUUUGACGUUCCACGAUACACUUGAGAUUUUACCUUAUACAAUGUCGUGGAGUGUGCAUGAUGACAUGGUACAGUUCCCUCUCAUCACACCGUCGUUCUCAUUACGGAUUGAUUACUAUUGCACAUUUGACUCUCCUGGGGAAAUUGUCUUCAAGCUCACAUCUGUGAGAGGUAUGGCAAUGAGUCAUUCAACUUGGAUUCGGUGGUAAUCGAAGCUAACGAGAUGGAAGGCUUCUGGAGUGACACUCCACACUACGACGAAGACUGGGCAGAGGUGGGCGAAAUCACCGUCCGAUACGUGGACACUACAAUCCGACAGAACGGGUACGGGGUCCGCGACUCUCACCGCGAUAUGACUAGCUCAAAUAACAUCUGGCACUGGGAACUUCUCUACACGAGCAUCAUAGGGAACGGCGCCGGCGGCUUUGAUAUCUGGCUGCCGUCGACGCAGAGAGAGAACCGUUAUCACCUGUACCCGCAUAGCGUCAACAUCACCAACUGCACUAUUGCGAGCAACUACGACUUCAAGUUUCGAAUUGCUGGCCACUUUGGCAACAUCACAAUGUUUGGCAACACGUUCGCGGACAACAUCUGCCACAAAGGCCUCAUUCUACUCGAUGGCUGCGAGAAGCAGCUUAACAUAACACACAACGCCAUCGAGCGAAACAUUGGCGAGUACAUGUUUGAGCUAUACACCUACGGGCAGACUGAACUUGUGGGCAAGGUGAAUGCUACCUUUGAGUACAACGUCAUCAAAGAUAAUGAAUACGAGGGGUACGUUUUCGAAGAGGAAAUGUACGGUUCACCAAAAAGUUACGUAUUUUCUCUAAGAGGCGCUCAGCGAGUCAACAUCACCCAUAAUAUCUUCCGAUCCAAUCGGCUUGACUACUUGGUGCUGGCAGGUGUUGAGUCGUCGGCACUAGAUAAUAGUUACGUGAAUUUGACGUUCAACUGGUGGGACACGUCAAUCCAGGAAGUCAUUAGGCAGCGAAUAUUCGACUUCAACGACUGGAAUGGGUAUUCCAUUGCAACAUAUUAUCCUUUCCUCUUGCAACCGGACUGGGAUGGUCCUGUUUCCACUGAGCCGAUUAUCGUCGAUGAGUUCGACUUCAGUAAACCAUUUGGCGGUAAAAUCGACAAGGUUUUGCAACUGUACGAAAGGAGUACACCGUGGGUUAUUGGGAGCGACUUAACUGUUAUGCCUAACGGCACGUUGGUAAUUGAUGCUGGCGCAGAGCUACAGUUUCAUCCGUCCGUCGGAAUUCUCGUUAUGGGCAAUUUGUAUGUUAACGGUAGAGAAGGCAAGCCCGUCCGCAUGAACCCUGUUCGAAAGACCAGCGUGUCUAAACGUCAGGUGGAGCCGACCGUAUCCGACGCUGUGCGUCUGGUUAGCGGCAACAAUUCCUGGGACGGAUUUCUCGAAGUGUGGAACGCAACGACGAAGGAGUGGGGCCCAAUAUGCGACACGCACUUCAGCGAACGAAACGGUGAAGUCGUCUGCCGUGAGCUCGGAUUGGACACUGUCAGCGUGCACGUUUGGAACGGAUGGCGGGUUGACAUGACCGAAUUCGAACUGGGAAAGAUUCAGUCGCGCACAGAGCCGGUGCAGUGUCUCGGCACGGAGGAGUCGAUAUCCGAGUGCGACGUCCGACUGAACGGCAACAAACGCCACUGGGAAUGUGACCACCUGGACCACUUCGUCUUCAUCGAAUGCGGCGAGAGAACGCUACCUCCCGAGUACGAAUACUGGGGCAACAUACGCUUCUCGGUGCAGAACUACGAGGAGAACCCCUUUGUGAAUUUGGACGGCCGCGAGGUGCUCGACGACAUGUCGACGAUCGAGUGGUUGGAGAUGCGCGGCGCCGGCAUGCUUCACGACGAGAAGGCGCCUGCCAUCUCGAUGAUCUACCGCUCGCCGAACAUCAACCACACGACGAUCGUCGAGAGCGCGUCGCACGGCAUCGAGACGAUGGCCCCGUCUCGCGGCAUCGACAUCAACGACACGCGUCUCGUCGACAACCUCGGCGUCGGCAUCAACUUCCUCGUGCUGAACGGCGAGGCGGGCGAGGCGGUGUCGCUCUCCUACCAGCCGCUCGAGAACCUGACGCUGUCGCGCAACAUGUUUGGCGUGCUGGAGAUGUGCUCGGCCGACAAGGAGGUGUUCGUCACGCGGCGCCUUCUCCUCUACUACAAGUACGACAACACGCCCGUCGACUGCGUCAAGAUCUUUAAGAGCAUCUACCAGGUGAAUCAGAUCGGAUUCAGGCUGCUCUACUUGAAUCUGCUUCCCGGACCGGUGAACCACACGGCUGUCUGGCCCGACAGUAUUGAGCUGUACGACGGCUUCGCGCUGAACGACACGACGUACAUGACCGAGAUCGUAGCGAAUGACACGGAGAGGAACACUUUCUUCCGCUCGUCGACUCGAGAUUUAUCCAUUCACCUCCAUGCCUCUGCUGCCGAGGGUAGAUACGGAUUCAUCGCAGAGAUCGUUACCUAUCCGACGUCUGUCAGCUACGAUCGGAAUUUGGAGCACCAUAUCAGCCACAAUCACAUAGAGAACAACGUGGAUGGAGGGAUACAUUACUCUAGUGUCGGCGAAACGGUUCCAAGUGUGUAUAUCGAGCACAACUAUCUCGCUUACAAUGGGAGACUUGUACACAAUUUUACCACGUCCGAUGCCGCUGUCUUGGUGGAUAUGCAAAACACACAGACGCUGUGGUUCCGCAAUAACAUGGUGUAUAACAACACUGGAGGGCUUCACGUCAUAGCCGGUGCAUUAUCCAGUAGCAAUUCCCUUCAGGCCUACCUCAAGAACAAUGUGUUUGGACACAAUCACAGGCAUGAAGCUAUGAAGCUCUUGGGAACGUAUUCGGAAGUUGAAGAGAAGAUCGAAAUCAGCUUCAGUUACUUUGGUCACAACGACGCCGGAGAUGAACAUGACGUCAUGCUUAUCGCUCAGAUCGUAUCGAACUUCACCCGUAAUGUCGUGUUUAACAACACCGGUAAGCACACGCUGGAUGUCUACGGCUUCGAUAGCAUCGUGCCGCAAAAGUUCCAGAACUGCUCGAGUAACUACAUCUACAACAACACGGCCCUCGGGCACAAGUGGAAGGAGCUGAAGGAGCGCUAUCGCGGAACGAUCAUCGUCGGCAACUCGCACCAGCUCUAUCAGUACAACCUGCUGCUGAACCCGAACAACGACUACGAGCUAGUGACGCUGAACAAGUCCGAAUUGGAUGUGUACCCGAACCCGGUCGAUGGCACGAUGAACUGGUGGGGAUAUCCUGAUCGAAGCGCCAUCGCUGGACGCAUAUGGGAUAAGGAAGAUAACGACACCUGGAUUAGUGUCAGAAUAGAGCCAUACUUCGAAACUAACGCUACCCUCGUUAGUGGGAGGUGUGAUCCUGGUUGGGUAGCAAUGGGAAACUCGUGUCACAUUUACAUGGGCGGCGUGGCUCCAUAUCAUGCAGCUCGCGAGUUCUGCAAGAAGGAGAAAGGUGACCUUCCAUUCAUCCGGAAACAAGAUAUCAGUGCGUUUAUCCCCCUGUUAGUAUACAACCAGGAGAACUACACUAACCUACAGGCAGUGUGGGUAGCCAGCUACGAUUUGCCUAGUGGCUCCUGUGCCAUGCUCUAUCGAAACGUUAUACGUGCGUCACCGUGCAAGAAUCUAUUUCCUUUCAUAUGCGAAAAAGAUCCAGCGCUCACCAUCAACAUAUGGGCCGCAUAUUGGCCGAUGAUCGUCGCUGUAGUCGCCGCCGUGCUGCUGCUCGUGCUCAUCCUCAUCUUGGCGUUCUGCUGGUACAUCAAGUCUCGCAAGCGUAAGCAGGAGCAGCUGGUGCGGCGCGACAGCAUCCGCCGCUCGAUCCGCGACGGCAGCCUGCGCAAGAAGGAGGAGAAGAGCGCCGAGAGCGGCGACGCCGAGUUCACGGGCGUCGGCUUCGUCGACGUGCGCGUGCGCAUGCCGAACGGCUCGACGACGUCGUCGACCGACAAGCUGCGCACGUCGAUGUCGUCGUUCGAGCAGGCCGCCGGCAAGUACUCGACCGAUUCGGCACGCAAGGACGCCAAGCACGACUCGUUCGGCAGCAGUGACGAGUUCACUGACGACGAGGAGGUCGCCCAGGCGACCAACAACGCGCUGAAGGGCGAGUCAAGCCAGACGAGCAGCACCGAGCGCGUCUUCCUCAAUCUCGACCAGCAGAACGCGCGGCUCGGCCCGCCUGCCGCGGGUCCAAUAUACGCCAACGGCGAGGCGAUUCACCAGUCGUACAAGGACAUGGUGAACGCGAUGGAUCGCAGCUACGACACGCCGUCGACGGACAACACCCCGUCGGCGAAGGGCAAGAGUAAGAGCAGCGCGUCGUCCGACGACGACCUUGGCUACAAGCCACGCCAGCGGCGCUCCUACCAGAACGCGCUCGACAACGAGAUGCUACUUAGCGACGAGGACCUCUUGCGGCCCGAGGCGCGCACGCCGAGCCGACGGCCGCAGUACCACCAGGACACGAUCCCCGAGGACGCACCCAUGCCGCAGCCGCGCGCCCGCAACCCGGACAUGGACUUCAAGAGCAUCGACAGCCUGCCGUACGACACGCCACUCGCCGACGACCCGCACGGCGGCCGCAACUCGCCGACGAGCAUAUCGGCGGUGAUCGAGAGCAUGCGCAAACCGGCGCAGCAGCCGCCGUUCGACCCCUACCAGCGCUACCCGGCCGGCUACAAGCCGCAGCCGGCGCGCUCGUUCGACAACCUGCAUCGCAAGCCUGUGCCGCGGCCGCCGCGGCGCUACCCGUCGCCGCGCAUCAAGCCGCAGACGUCCUACCGCAACAUGGUCGACCAGCUCGCCGACGACGCGCCGGAGAAGCGGUCGGCGGCCGGCGCCAGCGACAUCCCGCUCAGCGCCGUACCGUACGGCUUCCGCAGCGGCGGCCCCUACGACGGCACGUCGUCCGUCGUCGACUAUAUAGACCGGAGCGAGCACGGCAGCCUCGCGUCGCACCCGUACGGCAGCAUGGAGCAGAUGGACAAGUUAAGCAUGUCGACGGACAUGGGCACGGAGACGAGCAGCGUCGCACCGAGCAGUGUCACAGCGAGCAGCAUCGCACCGAGCAGCGUCGACGGCGAUUCGGAGGCGGUGGAGCGGCCGCCUGAGUCGCACUACGAGAACGUGCCCGUCGUGCGCCGCUACCCGAGUCAGGCGCAGAGCAUCGCGCCAAGCGAGGCCGUCGAGCAGCUGCCGUCGGUCGACACGGCGUCGAACGUGCUGCUGUCGUCGCCCUACCGCGACGACUCGCCGCCGAUGUACACAAACGUCGGCUACGACUCUUCGUCGCAGUCGUCGACGCCGAGGCGCGGCAGCGGCGACAGUGCGAAUAAGCCGCAGCCGAAGGAGACGUCGAUGUGAUGCCUGCCGACGACGAUGACGACGACGAUGAAGCAUCUGUGAUGACAUUCUAAAUCUUAAAUCCCGGCGUGCUGCACGACGUGUCCGCGUGCUUACAAUGAUAUUUGCUGAUAGGGGUCGCGGCAAGUGAACACGUGCGCUCAUGGGCUACGAACGAUUUCGUGGCGCUUUCGUUCGUCCAUUGCAUUCAUGUAUAAGAGAAAGGGUAAUAGUUGGGGAAAUCGAUGGCAAUUAAGUGGUCAUUUUACUUUAGCGCAGACGGUUUAGUCUACUCUUAUUUAAAUGUUUGUGAGAUUUGAUUUUCCUACACACUAAUUUUACCUGUACAUAUAGAAGGUAGUUGGUUACGUGUCUUUAUCUGGCUUUAUAUUGUUACCAGAUAAAGGUCGAGGGGCUGGGCAGCCAUUAAAAUGAAGAGCGUUAGUACUAUUAUAUACUACUUUUGUCAAUAUUAUAGUUAUUAUCAUUAUUAUUCAAGCAAGAUUUAUGCGCGAACACGAUUCAUACUGUCUUGAGUGUAUGACUGUAGGAAUAUUUUAUACCCAACCAUGCAAUUUUAUAAUGAUGAAUUUAAAUGACGGACCUGUGAAUGAAUCGUUAAUCCGUCUUCUCAUAGUCAUUGCUGUAAACAUUUAUACCGGAGAUGUAGGGUCGUUUAGUUUGUAUUGCAAGGCGGGUUGCUUCGUUGUGUGGAUCAAAAUCCUCUAUAGCGAAAAGUGAUUUAUAAAGAUGUCAUCGUUUUGUGUAUUAUAAUUAUGUAGCAAGAUGAUACCAUGUCAUCUUUCCAUUGUUUGAUUUGACAUUACCUGACAUGUUUUAAUUAUACAAUUUUUAUGCUGUAAUUUCGUGUUCAAUAGUACUAUAUGGCUCCUCAAUAUUGUUCUUGUUUGUUUAGAAGUCAUGUGGUUAUCAUUGUUUAGUCGUCAUGUGCUAUGUGAAUAUAAUUUUUUCACUAUUCUAUGGCGAUUUUUGAUGCAACGCCAAAUGUCCCGAUUCCAUGUAAUAUAUUAUGCAGCUUCACUACUGCCAAUUACAAAUGAUGAUCGAAACAAUUAAAUCGUUUGUUUGUACCUACAAAUGUGA